ACCCACAGAGACUAAUAAGGGCAGUGACAUGUUUUCAACCCGCUGCACCAGUGCCCGUUCAUUUACUGCCGAUCUCCAUUAAUGGAUAUAGCGGGUGGUGUUUGCAUGGAUGUGGAAGAAAGCUCGGCGUCCUCCAUUGCCCUUCAGAUUACUUUCGAUAAAAAGAAAGCAGCCGUGGAAGAUGAGUUGACACGCUUGGCGUCACUACCUUCGCACUCUUCGCAUGUUAUUCAUCGGAAGCGUGUAGCGCAGAAAGCCUUGGAGCUUUUGGGAAAGCAGGAACGCACCAGGGAAGAGUCCGACGAGCUCUCCAACCUGUUGGGCGCCCUCAGUCUCUAAAUACGCCCUGGAAGACGCCGCAAUUCUCGGUACAUCAAGACAUAGGCCGUGUGUCUCUUGCACGAUGGCUGAUUUUGAAGGAAGGUGUGAGGACAUCCUUAUGUUGGCCGGCGAGGCCUUGGGCAUAGACCUCAGCUACCUCUCUCCUAAUUCUGCAUCAUUGGAUCAGUACGAGACCUCUCUUCAACGGAAAGUAGAUGAGUUGCGAAGUAUUUUCUUCCCAUAUUGGUCCUGCCAGCCUACGAUUUUUCGCUCGCCGCCUGUGCACUACCGCCUCCGGGCCAAGUUCGGGAUCGGCCGCGUGCUCCCGCAAGCAUCCCACCCGGCAGGCCCCAUGGCGGGCAUCACGGAGUCGGCGAGGACUGGGGCGCCACAGGGGUCUCCCGGUAAGCUCUGCUACCUCAUGUGGGGGGCCGACAAGAAGCCGGUCGUGAUCUCGUCGUUCCCCUUGGCCUCCCGUCGCAUCAAUGACCUUAUGCCUCGCCUGCUUCUCGCACUGGGGGAGGGGCCCUUGAUCUUGCGUCGAAGCCUCCGCGCCGUGAAUUUUCUGGAUACUUUAGCGGGGGAUACCCUCAUUGCUCUCAUCUAUGAGACGGCCUGGGCAGAGGGCGG